UUGCUGUCUGCCCAUCUCCUUCUUGAACCUCUGAAACCUCCCUGUCCCCGUCCUCCGCUCGUUCUCCUCCGUCGAUUCGAUCCGUCGGAGGCUUGAGGUGGCGAGGGAGACGCACCGCAGGUGAGAAGGGGGCUGAGUUAAGCGCGGCUAGCCUGCCUUAGCUUGGGGGACGCGGCAGGAUUUCGAUCGAUCGCCCGCGCGAGACCGCCGCCAUGUCUUUCACCGGCACGCAGGACAAGUGCAAGGCGUGCGACAAGACCGUCCACUUCAUCGACCUCCUCACCGCCGACGGCGUCUCCUACCACAAGACAUGCUUCAAGUGCAGCCACUGCAAGGGGACCCUCUCGAUGUGCAACUACUCUUCCAUGGAUGGUGUCCUGUACUGCAAGACGCACUUUGAGCAGCUCUUCAAGGAGACCGGGAGCUUCUCAAAGAAAUUCUCCCAAGGUGGCAAAUCUUCAGACAAGAACGACCAGGGGAAAGCUCCAAGCAAGCUUUCUUCAGCAUUCUCUGGAACUCAAGAUAAAUGUGCAGCCUGCCAAAAAACUGUUUACCCACUGGAGAAGCUAACUCUGGAGGGUGAAUCUUACCACAAGAGCUGUUUCAAAUGCUCCCAUGGAGGCUGCAUCCUGACGACAUCAUCCUACGCGGCACUCAACGGCAUCCUCUACUGCAAGAUCCAUUUCUCACAGCUGUUCAAGGAGAAGGGCAGCUACAACCACUUGAUCCAGACCGCGCAAUCGAAGCAGAAAGAGUCCGAGGAGGCUGCACCGGAGGCGGCAACAGAUGCCAAUGAGAAAGAACAGGAAGUGCCCCCACAAGACGCGACAUAGAGCGAAGAUUAGGGGGAAAGUCAACCGGAUAUAUAUACAUAAGAAACUCUUCAUUCUAAGCUAGUAAUUCGAUGUAUCUCUUCCUUGCUUCGUCCUAUUUUUUUUUCCCGCCUCUGAAAGACUGAAAGAUUUUUUUUUCCUUUUUCUUUGACAAAUUGCAACUGUUGUACUUGUUGACACGAUUAUUUCUGUAUGAGGCUCCGGAGUCUUGACAUUGGCAAAUUGUCCAGAAUAUGUUCGCUUU